AUGGGAAUUUUUUUCAACGUGCAGCAGGUGCUGUUAACGGGGCUAUUUACGGCUAUACUAUAUCUUGCCUCUAAAGUGAUCUACAAUGUGUAUUUUCACCCUUUGAGCCGGUUUCCGGGGCCGUUGGAACACAAAAUAUCACGACUGCCAUACGUCUACCGGUCUAUCCGGGGAACCCUUCCCUUUGACAUGCUGGAAAUGCAUCAGCAAUACGGUAACAUUGUCCGUAUUGCUCCGGAUGAGCUGGCCUUCUCCCACCCCGAUGCCUGGCAAGAUAUUAUGGGCCAUCAUAAAGGGAAAACUGAAUUUUCAAAGGCAGAUUGGUUCUACCAUGCGGUCGAGGACCAACCGUCACAUGUAGUCAACGAAACCAGAGAGCAACAUGGACGUCUCCGCCGACAAAUGGCUCACGGUUUCUCUGAAAAGGCAAUGCGAGAGCAGGAACCAAUGAUUCGUGGUUAUGCUGAUAUGUUGCUUUACCGAUUACAUGAGUUUUGCGAGUCUGGUAGUCCGGUGAUUCUUUCUGAUUGGUAUAACUAUACUACUUUCGAUAUCAUUGGAGAUCUGGCAUUUGGUGAGCCAUUUGGCUGUCUUCAGGGAUCAAACCUUGACGGAUGGAUCAAGGGGAUUUUCGACGCCGGCCGGCUUGGAAUUAUCCUGCAAGCUCUCUCUUUCUAUCCACUUGUGAAGCGGACGCUACUAUCGAUGGUGCCUGCUUCAAUGCAAGAGGCCCACGAGAAACAUAAGCAACUCACCGAACAGAAGAUGAUGCGUCGGAUUGAAAAGGAAGAGGGUCGACCCGACUUGAUUGAGGGACUUCUAAGAAAGAGAGAGGAAUUGAACCUGAGCAUUGAGGAACUCGUUGCAAAUGCUGAAAUCCUCAUUAUCGGUGGUUCCGAGACCACGGCUUCAUUAUUGAGCGGGGUCACUUACCUCCUCCUCACGAAUCGCACUGCCUAUCAGAAGUUGAAAGAGGAAGUGCGUACUGUGUUCCAAAGCCAGGAAGAGAUCAACCUGAUCUCUGUUAACAUGUUGCCCUACAUGCUUGCAUGUCUCGACGAGGCAAUGCGCAUGUAUCCGCCCAUUGCAAACGGUCUUCCCCGUGUAUGUCCUGAGGCCGGUGCGGAAGUUUUGGGCGAAUAUAUUCCAGCAAACACUUUUGUUUCCAUUCAUCAAUGGGCACUUUACCGGCGCGAAGAGUAUUUCAAAGACCCCAACACAUACCACCCAGAGAGGUUCCUGGGUGAUCCAUCAUUUGCAGACGAUCGUCGAGAGGUAUUGCAACCAUUCCAUACUGGACCGAGAAAUUGCCUUGGAAGGAAUCUUGCAUAUAGCGAGAUGCGUCUAAUCCUUGCCUUGAUUAUCUUCAACUUUGAUAUGGAGAUUGCCGAUGAAGCCAUUGAUUGGAUUAAACAGAGGAACUUCCUGAUGUGGGAAAAGGGUCCGCUGAAGGUUCAUUUGACUCGGGUAUAG